AGCAAGGUUAAAUUCUUGUACCCCUUUUUUUUCCCACGACCACACUCCUUUUGCUCUCGCCCUGCGUAGUGCAGUGUAGUGUAGUUUCAUCUUUUCUUCUUCGCCAUCUCAAAAUGUUGUUCUUCUCUUACUUCAAGGAUUUGGUGGGGAGAGAAGUAACGGUGGAGCUCAAGAACGAUUUGGCCAUCAGAGGAACAUUGCACUCUGUUGAUCAGUACCUCAACAUCAAGCUCGAGAACACUCGCGUUGUCGACCAAGACAAGUACCCACACAUGCUUUCUGUAAGGAACUGCUUUAUUAGAGGGUCGGUGGUGAGAUACGUGCAAUUGCCUCCAGAAGGGGUGGACGUUGAACUAUUGCAUGAUGCCACAAGGAGAGAAGCUCGGGGUGGUUAAUUUGGUUAUAUGGCAAUUCGGGAGGCUGGAAUGUCAUAGAUGUUAUCAGUUCCUACUAAAGAAAGAAACUUUUUACAAAUGUCGAGGCUAUGUAACUGCAUUGCUUUUUCCUUUUAUUUCUCGUCCAAGCAUUGUCUAAUUUUACUGUGAGAAAGUGAUACUAGUGUAUCUGCAUUGCUUUAUUCUGCCCUCUAUGCCUCUGUUCAAAGAAAUAUCACAAUAAAUGGAAAGCAAGUAUAAUGCAUAAAUAUAUAUACAAAGCCUAGUACGUCAGAUGUCGGAG